GUUUAAUAGCCUAGACAGACGACAUCGCUAAUUUGCAUUAGCGGCGAUGAUUUGCUUUAACUCGCGCAUUAAUUCAUUUUAAAGCAAAUUAGUAAUGCACAAAAAUUUCGUGCAUUUAGCUGAAUUUACCACAUUUGUGCUGGCAAUGCUGCCCAAAAAUGCCCGAUUUUUGCUAUUGUGAAUGUUAAUUGAUAGAAAGAAGAAGAAGAAAACGUCAACAAAUGAUAGAAAGGAAAGCGUUAGAGAAGAUGGCAGAAAUUAAGCAGCGAGUGGUUUGGACUAGCACUGAUGAAUGUGUGUUAAUUGACUUGUGGCGUGAGCGGGCCGAUGAUUUAAGACGUGCCAAGCGCAAUUUGCAUAUAUAUGCCGAUAUAUCUGUGCAAAUGGCACAUAAAUUUACUCCGAAGGAAGUCCAUAUUAAAAUUAGAAACUUAUCACAAAGAUACAGAGAAGAAAAGAAGAAAACUGGCCCAUCGGGGGGCAGCCCAUCGACGUGGAAAUAUUUUGAUGCGGUGCAUCAAAUCAUAGGGCUGACUGCAGCCAAUAAUGCAGAAAUUUAUGAAUCAUUAACUGUGGACAUAUCGUCAUCAACAUUGCUGCCGUUACCGCCAUCUGUACCUGCAGCAUCACCAGUAACAAUGUCCCCGGAGCCGUUGUCGCCAGUAAUACCAUCGACCAGCUCGCCAUUGUUGUCGCCACUGGAUACCUCGUCCACAUCCAUGAGCACUUCUAAAAAGAGAAAUUAUAUGGGUGAAUUGGUGAAAGUGGCAAAACAACAACAUGAAUUGCUUAAGGUAGUGGUGGAAGAUGGAAGAGAUUUAAAAGAAAGAAUCAUUAAUUGUAUUGAAGAACAAAAUAGUUCUACAAAAGAAUUUAUAAGUAUUUUUAAAAAUUUGUUGGAAAAAAUGUAAAUAUUAUAUUUAUUUUGUAUACUAUUAGUAGUUAUUUAUUUUUAUUAUUAUUAAUAUAAAUGUAACUGAAUUAAAUGUUAAUUUAAAAAGGAAAUAUUAAAUAUUUAAAAUAAAAUGAAAUGAAUUAAAAUGUAAUGUAAUAAAUUGAAUUUAUUAAUAAUAAAAAUAAAUUUAAAAAAAGGAAAUUUGAAAUGAAAAAUAAAAUAGCUACCGUGGUAUGUAACAUAAUUUGUACCGUUUUGAAAU